UCUGCUCUGCUGAGGCCAUUCUGGAGUAGAGAAAAAACUAGUUUGAAAAAGUGCAAUCUGAGAAACUUUAUAGCGACACACUGGCUAAUGCUAUAUACCCCAAGCCAAGAAGGAAAAGGAAACCAGUUGAUAUGUUGUUCCGACAAACAAGACUGCUUGCUUUUAGAUUUUACUGAGUUUUCGUUCCUGUGAGAACUAUUCCCGCUGGAGUGGCUGGCCCACUUGGAACUAGUCUGGUAUGCUUGACAGACGCCUGCUGUCUCCUCAAACUAAGUGCAUUAUUCCUGGGGGUUCGGCAGACUCCUACACUAGCCGUCCAUCUGAUUCAGAUGUCUCUCUGGAGGAAGACAGGGAAGCAGUGCGGAGAGAGGCAGAGAGACAGGCCCAGGCCCAGCUGGAAAAAGCCAAGACAAAACCUGUUGCGUUUGCAGUACGGACCAAUGUCAGCUACAGCGCAGCCCAUGAGGAUGAUGUCCCGGUACCAGGCAUGGCCAUCUCGUUCGAAGCAAAAGAUUUUCUGCAUGUUAAGGAAAAAUUUAACAAUGACUGGUGGAUAGGACGGUUGGUAAAAGAAGGCUGUGAAAUAGGAUUCAUCCCAAGUCCGGUUAAACUAGAAAACAUGAGGCUACAGCACGAACAGAGGGCAAAGCAAGGAAAAUUCUACUCCAGUAAAUCAGGAGGAAACUCAUCAUCCAGUUUGGGUGACAUAGUACCUAGUUCCAGAAAAUCUACGCCUCCAUCGUCUGCUAUAGACAUAGAUGCUACUGGCUUAGAAGCAGAAGAAAAUGAUAUUCCAGCCAACCACCGCUCCCCUAAGCCCAGUGCAAACAGUGUAACAUCACCCCACUCCAAAGAGAAAAGAAUGCCCUUCUUUAAGAAGACAGAGCACAUUCCUCCUUACGAUGUGGUGCCUUCUAUGCGACCGGUAGUGUUAGUGGGGCCUUCUCUGAAGGGCUAUGAGGUGACAGAUAUGAUGCAGAAAGCACUGUUUGAUUUUUUAAAACACAGAUUUGAAGGGCGGAUAUCUAUCACAAGGGUCACAGCUGACAUCUCGCUUGCCAAACGCUCAGUAUUAAACAAUCCUAGCAAGCAUGCGAUAAUAGAGCGCUCCAACACAAGGUCAAGCUUAGCUGAAGUUCAGAGUGAGAUCGAAAGGAUAUUUGAACUGGCAAGGACUUUGCAGUUGGUAGUCCUGGAUGCAGACACCAUCAAUCAUCCGGCACAGCUCAGUAAAACCUCUCUGGCUCCAAUUAUAGUCUAUGUAAAGAUUUCUUCUCCUAAGGUUUUGCAGAGGCUAAUAAAAUCUCGAGGAAAAUCUCAAGCAAAACACCUCAAUGUCCAGAUGGUGGCCGCUGAUAAACUGGCCCAGUGUCCACCAGAAUUGUUUGAUGUGAUCCUAGAUGAAAACCAGCUUGAAGAUGCCUGUGAACACCUUGCUGACUACAUGGAGGCUUACUGGAAGGCCACGCAUCCUCCUAGUAGCAAUCCACCCAACCCUCUCCUUAGCCGUACUCUGGCCACGGCAUCUCUUCCUAUCAGCUCCACCCCAGCCUCCAAUUCACAGGGUUCUCAAGACCAGAGGAAUGACUAUUCCGCUCCCACCCGCUGUGCUUCCCAAGCUGAAGAGGAGCCCUGUCUUGAGCCUGUCAGGAAAUCCCAACACCGUUCCUCCUCCUCAGCACAGCACCACAAUCAUCGUAGUGGCCUGGGUCGAGGCCUCUCCAGGCAAGAGACGUUUGAGUCGGAAACCCAAGACAGUCGAGACUCGGCCUAUGUUGAGCCUAAAGAAGAUUACUCCCAUGAGCACGGAGACCACUACGCCCCUCACCGGGAUCACAACCACAGGGAUGAUGUGCACGGGAACAGUGACCACAGACACAGGGAAUCUCGGCACCGAUCUAGGGAAGCUGACCGAGAGCAGGACCACAAUGAAUGCCACAAGCAGCGCAGCCGACAUAAAUCAAAAGAUCGAUACUGUGACAAGGAUGGAGAAGUGAUAUCCAAAAAACGGAAUGAGGCUGGGGAGUGGAAUAGGGAUAUUUAUAUCCGACAGUAACUUGAGCCUUUUAGGCAUUUUUUGUUUGUUUCUUGGAAGUCUUGUAAAACAGCCACUCUCCCCAACCACCCACCCCACUCCCCCCCCCCCGCCAAAAAAAAACCUCACAAAAUAUUUUGGUUCUCCAUCACAAAUCAAAUGGUAUCUCUCUGUCUUGUACAGUUUGUAUUGCUGUUGCUUGCCGAGCAAUGGCAUGAGAUAGAAUAUUCACCUACUUUUUUAUUUUUAUUUUUGGAAGUGCUAUAUUGACUCACCUGGUACAGUUGCAGGCUUUCUGGUGUUGUACUUGACUUUUCCAAAGCUGUUUUUGGUAGCUGCCCCGUGAACAAUAUCUGUUGCCAUCUUCAGGUGGUGUUAGUGUUUUAAACAAGCUAGAGUUGAUAUAUAAUAAUCUCCUGUGUAUUCAGCAAGCCAGAGUCAGCCUACACAACAAACAAAAUGUAUUUUCUCCCAAUUUGCAUAUUCAUUUAAGGACCACUAUCUGUUGCUUGUACCUCUGGUUUGACUAAAUUUGGGGGACAGAUUCAGUCUUGCCUUACACAAAGGGGAUCAUAAAGUGAGAAUCUAUUUUCUAUGUACUGGUACUGUGUACUGUAUAUACAGUUUGUAAAUGUUAUUUCUGUAAACACCUUCUUAUUAUAUCAGUUUGAUCACACUUUUAAGAGUCCUAAUGCCAAGUCAGCAGAUUUGCUUUUGAAUUACAGGGACUGGAAAUACCCUCAAUUCAGGAAAUUUGUAACAACAUUCAAUCUUGAUACUUUUCCCUCUAUAGUAGAAAGUCUCCUGUACAUAUUGUAAAUAUGUGUGAUUGCUUGAGAUAAAGAAAGGUUUAAUUCAA